GCCGGACUUAUUCGAGCCAGUUUGAGCAGAAGAAGCGGUUAAUGAGAGAACUCGGACAAAUCUGACCAACUUCACCAUGAGGAGAUCAACACUGUACCUGCUGCUGGCCGUCCUGAGCUCUGGAUGCGUCUCGGCUUCGUCACCCGCCCCAAAAUGCACAGGUCAAAAAGAUGAAGGAACUGGAGAAGAAAAGAUUAAGAAAUAUUUCUACGAUUCGCACACAGAUUCCUGUGUGCCCUUCUACUUUAAGGGAACAGGCGGGAACGGCAACCGCUUCGACAGCGAUAAAGAGUGUGUGAAAGCAUGCUCUCCUAAUGCCCUCCAGUUUUACCCCACUGAUGAAUCAUCAAUUUGCUCUAUGAAAAUGGAUGAAGGAACCUGUUUCGCUUUAUUUCCCAUGUAUUAUUACAAUUCUGAGGAGAAGAUCUGCCGUAUGUUCAUAUACAGAGGCUGCAGAGGAAAUGCCAACCGCUUCGAGUCUCGAGAAGAAUGUCAGCAGACCUGUCUCGCGCGGUCCGGCCGGCUGCUGGGAGCUGCAGAUCUGCCCAACCCUGAUGAGAAGACUGUUGAUGCAGGGCUGAUUGUGGGGGUUCUGGGUGGGCUUGUGUUUGCUGGUGCCGUCAUUGCUGCAGUCGUCAUGUUUGUGCUUAAUAAGAAAAGCAAGAAGUCCGAGAGGAAGCCGGUGCCGACAUCUGAUAUUGAGCUGAAGUAGAUCUGUCUGUUCACAGCAUUAGUCUCUCUGUACAUACACUCCUCCUGCUUUUGUACCAUUUAUACUGCAGUCACGUUAGAAAAGUCAUUCAACAGGGGCCAACAAGCUGUUAGAAGUAGGCCAAAUGUCAUCUAGGAAAUGUUGCUUGACUGUAAGAGUUCAGUAAUGUUCUGUUAAUCAGUUCAGUACAAUCAGCAGUCCUCCUGUUUGUUUUAUACCGCUGCAGAUUUGACAUUCACUGUGCUUAAUAAGAUGAUGCAUUGAUGAUGUAACAAAUAAAUCAAUACUUUUUUGUUCUAUA